UGCGGAAGGUGCGGCAGUAUUGGUACUCCUGCUGAUUCAACAGGGCAGACCAGCUACCGUGAAUCUCUGCAGGACCUAACUGCAUUGUAGAUAAUCUGUCAAAAUGCGUCAUAAAAUUAAAUAAAGGCGCCAGUGAUAUAAAUAUGUGAUUUCUACUAAAUGUAAAUUCUAAAAUAUUGGGGUAUACUUAUUGCAACAGAAACUACUACCAAUAUGAAGGGAGGCUGGGGCAAUAAUGGAACUGUUUGAACACUCCAGCCCACUGGAUGGCGCUGUGAUUUUAACGUUUUGGAUUUAAACCUACAUCUUUUCUCCACGUGUUUUUAUAUAUCUAUGGUCAAAGAGGUUGCGUUUCAAGUUGAGCGGGCCAUGCCGGUGGAUACUAAGCGAGUUCGUGGACCAGAGGAAUCCCAGUCGCCCUGGCUGUUCGUGCAACAGAGCCGGGGGCAACCGACUCGGGUCCCCCAGACAAGAGAGUCAGAAAGACGGGCGGACGGCAGGCGGCGGGGCCAGGUGGAUGCGAGGCCGAUGUUUGCUCGCUGCGGACUGGUGAGCCAGGCCAAGGGCUCUGCCUAUAUCGAGGCCGGGAACACCAAGCUGAUCUGCUCUGUGUAUGGACCGCGUGAGACGGAGAGGAAAGACGAGCUGGACAUGAAGGCGGGCAGGCUGGUGUGCGCUUUCCGACUCGCUCCCUUCUCUUGCGCGAAACGGUGCCCAUGGAUCCAGGGCAGCCAGGAGAAAGACCUAACCCUGAGCCUGCAGGAGAGCCUGCAGCCCGGGGUUUGCCUGCACAAGUACCCGCGGUCGCAGAUCGAGGUGAACGUGCUGGUUUUGGAGAAUGACGGCUCUGCUCUGGCACACGCAAUCACCUGCGCCUCCUUGGCUCUGGCCGAUGCCGGAAUCGAGAUGUACGACUUGGUCCUCGGAUGCUCGCUAAGACAAGACGGUGCUGCGUAUUUGCUCGACCCGACCUGCAGCGAGGAAAACGGGGACGAGUCGACUGAGAACCAAGGGAGCUUGACUGUGGCGCUGCUACCCACCCUAAACCAGAUCUCAGGGCUGCUGUCCACCGGGGAGAUGAAGGAGGAGACCGUGGUGGGAGCCGUCAGAGCCUGCGUCGAGGGCUGCCAGCGACUGUACCCUGCAGCCCAGCAGUGCUUGCUGAAAUCGGUGCGGCGGAAGGUUCCUGCCCCGCAGAACUGACGCGGUUCGGGGGCCGCUGAAAGGCACGACGGUGACUGAAAAACUGGCAGCAGAAAUCCAGUCCGCAGUGAAUUCAUGUACUUUUGUUUUUCAUUGUCAAAAAAUCUAAUCUUUGUGCAUUUGUUAUUAAAAGUAUUUUAGAACUAAAUCUCUA